CUACUGUACACCACAUGCGCAGCACCAAACAGCAGACUUUAGAUUAUGUUAUUUUCACUACUGUAAAUCCUCUGUAAAAAUGUUCCAUUCUAUCUUAUUUUUUUAAUUUCACUCCAGGGAUGGAAAAUCCUCCAAUGGAUUUACAAACGGCUUUGAAGAUUUCUCUCAAGUAAAUAUUUUUAGCAAAAAAAUAUGCAGCCAAGAUGAAGAAGUGGAUUGUUUUUCUGUGGUUGAGCAACGGAUGGAUGCAGACUGCUGCUGCUGAUACAACCCCCACACCCUCCUCUGCACCAGUGACACCCACUGAAGAUGAGGGCACCCACCUGGUGGAUUGGUUGAUGAAGUAUGGCUACCUUCCACCCUCAGACCCUUCCACUGGUCAGCUGCAGGCCUGGACAGCUGUCACUAACGCUGUCAGGGCCAUGCAGAGGUUUGCAGGCCUUAAUGACACGGGAGUCAUAGAUCAGGAGACAAUGGCGUUGAUGAACAGUCCACGCUGCUCUCUACCUGACGAGCCAACCAAAUCACCAGCCGACCAAGAAGGGAGAGACAUGAGGAGAAGUAGGAGAAGGGCUAUCUCCAUGUGGACACGUAGGAACAUUAACUGGAGGUUGAGUUCAUACCCCUCCUCUUCUCAUCUGUCCCGGGAAACCAUUCGCUCCCUGGUAUUUUAUGCUUUAAGAGUAUGGGCAGAUCCAACACCCCUGGAGUUCCACGAGGUGGGCAGCCCAGAGACAGCUGACCUACAGGUAGACUUUCACCAUGGUUACCACGGAGAUGGAUAUCCUUUUGAUGGGGCAGGCGGUGCAGUCGGCCAUGCUUUCUUCCCAUCAGACCAUGCACGGGCAGGAGGAGUCCAUUUGGAUGCAGAGGAGGAGUGGGCCUUCAGACAGCCAGCAUCUGAGGGCACUGACCUGUUCACAGUGCUGGUCCAUGAGUUUGGCCAUGCACUGGGCCUUGCUCACUCCUCAGCUCGCCACUCAGUGAUGAGGCCGUACUACCAGGGUCCUGCUGGAGACCCUCUCCACUACCGCCUGGGCCCUCAGGAUCUGGAGCACAUCACCCAGCUCUAUGGUAAGAGGAAUCAGCUGCUGGCCAGUGACGCUCCUCGCCUCGCCCCAGAGCCUGAGCGGCGCCACAGAGGCCACCACCAUGAUCACACAUAUGGCCCCUUCAUAGAUCGCUGUAACAUCAGUUUUGAUGCUGUGGCAAGAAUCCGUGGGGAAACUUUCUUCUUCAAAGGUCGGACGAUGUGGCGAGUCAAUGGUGGGGGCUUGGUGUCGGGUCACGGGGCUUCAGUCAGAAGGCUGUGGAGGGGUCUACCUGCUGACCUGCCUCGACUUCACGCUGUGUUUGAGAGACAGUCCGACCAUGCCAUCAUCUUUAUCAGUGGUUCCCACUUCUGGCUGUUCAGGGAUCUAUCCCUGCAGGAGGGCUACCCUCAGCCCCUGUCCGCCCUCAGGAUGGUCGGGGGCCUAGAUGGAGCAGACGAGGACAAGAACGAGGAGGCAGUAGCAGGGAGAUGGGGCCUGGUCUGGGACACAGAGCAGGGCCCUGUGUGGGGGAAGAUGGGACACGCCGAGGACGAGAAGCAUGAAGACAAGUGGACUCAGCUGCUCAGAGAGGGGGUCAGUGGCAUCACCACAGACAGCGAUGGCUCUGUCUAUCUCUUUAAAGGAGACUCAUACUGGAAGUUCACGUUUCCAGGCUCUACACUGCAGGAAGGAUACCCCCGAUCCUCCACUGCAGACUGGCUGGACUGCCCCGACUCCUCCUCAUCCUCACCUGUGGUGGACAACCUAUCCAUGUCUUUGUCCGAGAAGAAAGAGAAGGAGGAAGAAGGAGGAAGGAAAACGGACAGACAUAGAAAUCUACAUAAUGCCGUCCAGGACAGAGGUUCACACAUCUGGACACAGUGCAUGUGCCAUAACGGAGCUCUUGGUGGAAGGACGACAGUGUCUUUUACUGCCUUGCUGCUGGUUACAUGGACAUUGUUGGCUAUCUAAAGCUGCCCAGGACUGUGGAAGUCAGCUCUCUCUUGUGAGACACAAACAUUCACCAUGUGGGUCAGGUUAGGGUUAGGGUUAGUUAGGCAGAUAAGAGAAACUACAAACACUCACCAUGAGAAGAGAAGAUCGAGCCACUCUCAUCUGUGUGUUCAGGGUUUAGGGUUCAGCAUUAGCCUAGCUUAGCAUAAAGGCUGAAAGCAGGGGGAAAGCGCUAGCCUGGAAAUUUGUAAUUGUAGUUACGUCAACAGUUCAUCCAUCCCCCUGCACUUGUGUACCGCUGCCAGACACGGCCGGUGAGUAAGCUUGACCUUUCUGCCAUGACCGUAGGAGGUGGACACGUCUCUGUCAUGACUAGACUCCCAGCUGUUUGCCAAGGCAAAGCUCCAACUUAUUGACAACAACACUACAAAACCACCAAUAGAUGUUUUUAAAUUUAUCUGUGUGUAUGGGUGAUCUAAACAAGGUACGAUGUGUUUAUAUUUUUAACAUAACCAAGUUAGCUGUUCCCAGGUUAACCAUGGAGGUCAUGGUUAAUCUGGGAACAGCUAACCUACUCCUUAAGAGUAGUAAAUAAAUAGAAUAUAUCCUCAUUAUUGUAUUUUUGAAAGCUUAAAGCAUAUAGGAGCACAUACUGCUGCAAGUGGACCAGCAGACCUUUGUGAAAGGGAAAAAGAAGAAUUUAUGGAUCCUGAAUUCAAUGACUUGAGUGUUUUCAUCCUUAAGAAAUUGCUCAUCUUAUUGGUUAAAAGUGCAUACAAAGAUGCUUUUGUCAUCAGAGGUUCUUAAAAUAAAGAUAGUAUUGCUUUCUGCUAUGCUGCACAUUUAGCUUUGGGACUUUUUGAUCACGAGAGAUGUCCCUGUCAACCUCUUCUGAUACAAAGUUAGACCACAUGGUUAUGAUCGUAAUGACAUUUCUAUUACAUUUCAAAUGGAGUGCUUCAAACUUCUUAAAAAAAGAGUUCUUAAGCCACUCUUUGUGAUGCAUAAAGAUGUGAGAAAUCAUAUGAAUAUAGCAUCUGCUUUGUUGUCUUGAUUUAAAUGGUUGUAACAUAGAGUUAGCUUAUCAUACAGUAUCUAUAUGAUAGUAUCUAUAUAUAUAUAUACAGAGAGCGAGAGAGAGAGAGAGAAAGAGAGAGAGAGAUUAUAAAAAUGUUUUUUUUUGUGAAAAUGUAUUUCCAUAAAAUGUCAAUCCAUUAUCAAAUGUAGUAACAUCAGCUCCAGAACCAUUUUGGAGAUCACUUUAGACAAAUUCAACAUUUUCAAUUCAAUCGAACAAAACAUAACAAAGUAAAAGAAAAUAAUUGAUUCCUGGUCACACAAAAUCUAACCAAUCUAGCCAAUCUGCCAAGUGUAGUGGCUUUACACAACAUAAUUCCAGUUAGAGAAUGCAGUAGUAAGUGGUGAAAUUUAUAUUUUAAAAAUAACCCUUGAAGCAAUUACUACCAAAACAGCCUGAACAAGGUUGGAAUACGCAUAUGAAUUCAUCAGAUGUUAUCUACAUACCUACACUGUUUAACCUAAGUUGCACCCUAUGCACAGUUUCACUAUGUUUCACCGUCAACAGUUGUUGUUAACUAAGAAGGUAAAACCUUUUGUCUGUGCUGCAUUUUCUGCAUGCACUUUCAAUUCCCUUUGUAUCAUGCACUUGCUUCACUCUUAAAACAGCGCAAUAAAGCCUAAAA